AUGUUAGCAGCUCUAAUUCUUUGCUCCUUCGUGACUUCUGCACUCAGUACAGACGCUGCUAUUCUCAGAUUCAGUAUUCGUCCUGACAAUGUGGACUUGGGUACCUCAGUACCAUUUGAAAUCGAUGUAACGGACAAUGAACAGGGAGUAUUCCUCUUUUCUGUGCGAGGACUUGCUAAUAAGUGGAAAGGUCAGCUUCGUGGAUUCGCUAUCCUGAAGAACAUGAACAUCAGCGAUGGUCUAGCUCUAGUGCAGUUUGACCACCCUAACCUUAAUCAAGAUACAGUGGCUGUUUCAAUCAAGGAUCGUCAAGAUGGGCACAUGAAAAUAACGACUGAUCAGGCUAGGAUUACUGUUAGCCAGUCACAUGCUACGUUGCAUGAGUUGGAAUACGUGGACGAAGACGAGAAUUCCUGUAUGUGUUCUCGAGGAAAUUGUGCCUGUUGUGCUGCUGUGAGAAUCCCCGACUUCCAUCAUGACAUAUGCGUGAAUGCCACCUACAACCGUGAAGCGUAUGGUCUUGACUUAUCGAUCGGUGUAGAUGGGCAUUACUAUACAAUGGAAAUUUCUCUUCGAAAUCCGCCUCCAAUCUGUCUGGACAUUCCUUUUGCACAUGAUCUGGCCGACAUAUGUGUAGCAUUCAAGGAUCUGGAUGUCUCAAGAGAGAAGCGUACUCUAUCCGGGUGUAUAGAGCUGGAAGCCGAACUGGUCCAUAUGCGCGUGCUUCGACUCCACCUAGGCUGUUUUGUUAUGCCAAUUUGA